GACCCGGCACGACUCUUUACGAAGUAACGCCACACUAACCCCCUCCCUCAGACACAAUGGCCAAGCUCUCGCGUGGUGCCCCUGGUGGCAAGCUCAAGAUGACCCUGGGUCUCCCUGUCGGUGCCGUCAUGAACUGCGCCGACAACUCCGGUGCCCGAAACCUCUACAUCAUCGCCGUCAAGGGUAUCGGCGCCCGCCUGAACCGAUUGCCCGCCGGUGGUGUCGGUGACAUGGUCAUGGCCACCGUCAAGAAGGGAAAGCCCGAGCUCCGAAAGAAGGUCCACCCCGCCGUCAUCGUCCGACAGUCCAAGCCCUGGAAGCGAUUCGACGGUGUCUUCCUGUACUUUGAGGACAACGCUGGUGUGAUCGUCAACCCCAAGGGUGAGAUGAAGGGCUCUGCCAUCACCGGCCCCGUCGGUAAGGAGGCUGCUGAGCUGUGGCCCCGUAUUGCCAGCAACUCUGGUGUUGUCAUGUAAGGUGCUUGCUUGGGGGUCAAGGAAAGACAAAAGGCGUGGUUCUGUCCUGAAAUGCGAUCAAGCUAGAGCGCGAAUUAGAAAGUUCGCCCCCCCUUCUUUUACCCUCCCCGUGAAUAAUAAAUCACCGGUGAGGAAAAGGCUGGGGGAGAGACAACGGAGGAAGAAGGUCAAGGUCGCUGGAUUGGCAGGCUCUUGCAUUUCGGUUGCGGCGUGUAAGGAAUGAUUCACAUUACCAGGCAUCACAUCAGGGACAAAACAAAAGUCACUUCAAAAACUGGUUUUCCUGGAG